AUGAAAGAGAACAUAUUCACGUGAAAGAUCGAUUUGGUGUCAAAUUCACCUUGAUUGUAUCAAUUUCGUAACUGCUUUGAGUAUCCCUAUUUAUGUUUUCAAUCUUCAACUAAUUUAAUUUAAUCGAUUUAUUGCGACUCGUCCUUGACGUACUGUUGAAUCAGUGGUGGAUGAUGAGUAGCUUAUUCCUGUCGUCAUAGUUGGGGCACUCAUGUUGCCAUCAUCAAUUUGAUAAGCACAUAUUCUAAUUAUCUGACAUCAUUGUUUUCAAUUUUGAGAGCGAAGUGAGUUGCGGAGUUAUCGGAGUGAAGAACAGGUUUUCUUUCUACUGUCGCUCCGACACUCUCCUCUGAUCUCCGGCAUUUCUUCAGUCGACAAUCCGACAAACAAAAAUGAACGCUUUAGCAGCAACAAAUCGUAACUUCAAGCUCGCAGCUCGUCUGUUAGGUUUAGACUCCAAACUCGAAAAGAGUCUCCUCAUUCCAUUCAGAGAAAUCAAGGUCGAGUGUACAAUACCAAAAGACGAUGGUAGUUUGGUGUCUUACGUCGGAUUCAGGGUUCAACAUGACAAUGCUCGUGGGCCCAUGAAAGGGGGAAUCAGAUACCACCCAGAGGUUGAUCCAGAUGAGGUUAACGCUUUAGCGCAACUGAUGACGUGGAAGACGGCGGUGGCGAAUAUUCCGUAUGGUGGUGCGAAAGGUGGAAUCGGAUGUAAUCCGGCGGAAUUGAGUAUUUCGGAGUUGGAAAGAUUAACUAGAGUUUUUACUCAAAAGAUUCAUGAUUUGAUUGGAAUCCACACCGAUGUUCCUGCUCCUGAUAUGGGAACUAAUCCCCAGACAAUGGCUUGGAUUUUAGAUGAAUACUCCAAAUUCCAUGGAUACUCCCCUGCUGUUGUUACUGGAAAACCUAUUGAUCUUGGUGGAUCAUUGGGUAGAGAUGCUGCAACUGGAAGAGGAGUACUUUUUGCAACAGAAGCCCUUCUUAAUGACCACGGAAUGAGUGUUUCCGGUCAACGGUUUGUCAUACAGGGAUUCGGAAACGUUGGUUCCUGGGCUGCUCAACUGAUUCACGAAGCGGGUGGAAAAGUCGUAGCAGUGAGUGAUAUAAGUGGAGCAAUACAUAACAAGAAUGGAAUCGACAUUCCAACCCUAAUGAAACAUGUCAAGGAACACAAAGGAGUAAAAGGCUUUGGUGGUGCAAAUGCAAUUGAUUCCAAUUCCAUUCUUGUUGAAGAUUGUGACAUUCUCAUUCCAGCUGCCCUUGGUGGUGUAAUCAACAGGGAAAAUGCGAAUGAGAUUAAGGCGAAAUUCAUAAUUGAAGCAGCUAAUCAUCCUACUGAUCCUGAAGCCGAUGAGAUUUUAUCAAAGAAAGGCGUUGUUAUCCUCCCUGAUAUAUUUGCAAAUUCAGGAGGUGUAACUGUUAGUUAUUUCGAAUGGGUUCAGAAUAUUCAAGGGUUUAUGUGGGAUGAAGCUAAAGUGAACACAGAGUUAAAGAAAUAUAUUGUGCAAGGUUUUAAAGAUGUGAAGGAGAUGUGUAAAACACACAAUUGUGAUUUACGUAUGGGAGCUUUUACAUUGGGAGUCAAUCGUGUUGCAAGAGCUACUGUUCUAAGAGGUUGGGAAGCCUAAGAAUUCCAACCAAUCAAAAUAAAUAUGAAGCUCCACUUUAAUAAAACGAAUGUGGAAGGUUGAUUUAACUUGUUUUAUGAUGAUUUCACAUUGGCCUUGAGUCCGGUAGUCUUUUUUUUUUUUAAAUUAAACUUUGUUUUGUUUCUAUGUUUGCUCAUUUUGUAAUGGUUUUUGGGAAGUUUAUGUGGAAGUAGCAACUUGUGAAACUAUGUUUAUAUUUGGAACUUCCAAGAAUGUUUUAUGCAUAUGGAAUUGGAAGAGUUUUAUGAGUACAAAUAAUUUAUAUUAUGUUUUGAAAACAAAAAUCUUUUGUGAA